AUGAAGUUCGUCAUUCCCACUUUAACGAUCAGAUCAACGGGCUCUGCGAUCCCAAUCAUAGGAUUUGGUGCAGGCACUCAAUGGAGAAUCGCCAAGACUACAGGUGAUACAAAGGGUCAAUUCAUAGACCAAUUGACCUCUCAAAUUGAACUUGCAAUCGAGACCGGAUUCAAUCAUAUUGAUACGGCUGAGGUGUAUCAUACCCACGCGGAAGUUGGUAAGGGACUCGAGCGUUACCACUCUAUAAGAGAUCAGCUGUGGGUCAUUGAUAAAUACUUCCCGCAGUCGUGGAAAUGGCAUGGCCUUAAUGGUCCACUUGAGUGCAUUCAAAAGUCUUUGAAAACUACGAACUUAGAUUAUUACGAUCUCUACAUGCUACAUAGUUCCGAUAUUACAAAAGAAACUGCUGGCCUUGAACUCGAAGAAGCUUGGAAGCAAAUGGAGGAAAUUCUUGACAAAAAGUUAGCUAGGAAUAUUGGCGUCUCAAAUUUCACAAUAGACGAUCUCGAAAGGAUCAAGGCGUCUUGUAGAACAAUGCCGGUCAUCAAUCAGAUAGAAUUCAAUCCGUAUCUACAAGAGCAAUCUCUAGGUAUUAUAGAAUACUGUCACGCUAAUAACAUCAUCAUAGAAGCUUAUUCCCCACUGACUCCGUUAUCCCGUGCUAGACCAGGCCCGUUAGACAGAGUUUUACCCGAGUUAGAGACAAAAUAUAAUAAAACGGAGACACAAAUUUUAUUGAGAUGGGCCAUUCAACGCGGUGUUGUUGUGCUGACCACGUCAUCCAAGGAACAUCGAUUGAAAGAGAUAUUAGGUGCGCUGGAUUUCGAAUUAAGCGAUGAUGAUGUUGAACUAAUUUCCCAGGUAGGUUCCGAAAAACAUUAUCAGUGGUGUCAAAAGGAGAUUUUUGAUGAGUACAAGUCAAGAAAAAAUAAGUAA